GUUGAGACACCAUGCAAGACUCUUGUGAGGGCCACCGAUGAGCCCCUAAUGUUCAAGCUCCAGGUAUUGAGCCGCUGGGUAUCCGAUGUGUUAUCGCGCAGCGUACCGGCUUCGGACUUGGGGUCGGGUUUGAUAUUGGGGGGUGCCGUUCGUUGAUCGGAGCGAUCGAUCGGCUGUGGGGCUCUAGAUGUUUGUAGCCAUAAGGGAGCUGUGUAUGCAGGAACGGGAUCGUGAGCCGAAACUUCGUGAAGCGAUGAUCAUGGGAAACUCGGGAAGUGAUCUCCGAGGCCGGGACGGGGCAGCCCGACCGACUAAGCGUGAUAAACGUCAGCUCUUUCUCUGGAUAAGUCGCAUCCAUGAUAUCAAAGAUUUGAUGUUUAUCGUAGUGGGGGAGUUUUGUGGAGGCUUGGGAAUAUUAUUGCUUUGUCUGUCGAGAGGAGAGCGUGUACUCAACGUGGCGUGCAGUACAAUACUUCCGCCGCAGGAAAAAGGAGGCUGCGUUGUGUAGCGAGAAAAUGUUUCUCUAACAGCAAUCUGCGUCACUUAUGGAUACAGCAAAUAGCUACUACUUACUAGUCUUUGAGGCUUAUU